AGGAACUUGGUUUUAGUGUUUCUUCUAAUGCGGGAAGUUAAAAUUAUUGUUUUACAGUUGGUUCAUUAAUGUCGAAUAACUUUCAGGGCGACCGCAUUCACGCAAGUAUUGGCAGGUCUUUUAUCCAAAUGUUCAAACAAGAAAUUAAGGAAAUGGGUUUGUACAUCAUGAAGAAUUUCGUGGUUUGUCCAAAUAAUAUGAAGCUGAAGACCAAAGACCACACGUUUAAGUUGAUGUUCACGCAUAAGACUAUUGUUGACGAAAUACAUGAUCCACAUUUCAACAUGUGUAUUUUCAAAUUUAGAACCUAUGAGCAGCUGUCAAAUCCCCAAGAAUUUGACAAUACUGAGCUAUUUGAUGUUAUUGGCGAAGUUGUGAGUUGUGAGGACGUAGAGACUAUCAAGCAAGAUGAUAAUAUUCGUAUGUACAUGAACAUUGAGAUAUAUUUUGUCAAAUGCUUCACUUAAAGGAACUUGUGUGGAGGUCAUCAUUUAAAUUUCAUGUUACAUUGCAUUAACCAUCAUAUUUUGCAUGUCUUAUCAUUAACUUUGCACAUAGCACAUGAGUUGUGCUUAUAUUCACACAGGUAGAAAAUUGCAACUUGCUUCUAGAGCUUCCCAUAAAAUAUACUGGUAAUUAAAUGUUUGGUCAACUUUUUUAUUCUAAUGAUGGCUUAUUUUGAUAUAUUCAUGUUAGUUACAAUGAUUGUUGCUUUAUACAACGGUUGUACAUAGAAUUUUCAUAACAAAUUUCGAUUACCUUUUUUUUCCCUUCUCAAUAAAAGAUGAUUUACCACCUGUUAGUUCAUUCUGGGUAAUUUUU